AUGGUCUCAUGUCUCAUAUUGACACCAGCAGAGGUCUUAAAGCAGAACGCUCAGAUGGUGAAUAGCUCUCAGGGCCAACCAGGAUCUAACUCGAGGCAUGCAUCUACCGACAAGUAUAUCAAACAGAACACAUCAGCUAUGCGUCAGGUCCUUACACGCUUCAAAGCUCAUCCCUGGCGGCUCUGGAGCGGAUAUACCGCGCUUGUGGGGCGCAAUCUUCCUUUUACAGGUCUCCAAUUUCCAUUGUUUGAGUUUAUUCGCACUCGUAUCACAGAUUGGAGACGACGAAAGAGGGAAGGGCGUCCUCAAGGAAGAGACGACCCCGAACAGUCAUUAUCUCAAAGAGAAGCGCUCAUUGAGCGGGCGGGGCUGACGGGUAUUUCGGCGGGUAUAUCCGGGACCUUUUCAUCUUUUGUGACCACGCCCAUCGAUGUUGUGAAGACGCGAGUUAUGCUUUCUGCUACUGAUGAUGUAGCGAAAACAGAGGGAGGCCAAACGCAGAAGAAAGCUCCGAAAAAGGGUACUUUGGUUGUUGGGAAAGAGAUAUUCCGCAAAGAGGGGGUAAGAGGCUUGUUCAAGGGUGGUGCUAUUCGUUCUGUGUGGACUGCUGUUUCAAUGAGUUUGUAUCUUGGUUUGUAUGAGGGUGGAAGGAUGUUUCUAGAGAACCGGCGCAAGGAGAUGGAGGGUGUUGGUGGAGCUAGGAAUGAGGAUGGAGACGCAGUUGUUUAG